UCCAUACGACUCUAUGAUUGGCUGUUGACUGGCCCGACACUAUCAACCAUAGAUUUCAAGUAACCUAACCUUCCGUCGUCAACCUGGGAAGACUUUAUUAGUUGGAAUGCAGUCCAACUAUUGUUCUUGUAAUUAAACUAACGUUACCCGAGCAAAGCAGAGGUGUUGGACGCUCCCUCCGGCUAAGGCGAGCGAAAUGGCGAGUCACCUCGUCUCGAAGUUAGUUCGUCCCCUUACGUUCACACAGCUGGCGCGGCUCCGGUCAGUUUGCGUGCCUCGGCAGAAGGCAGCGGGGAUCCGGCUGUUGUCCAGCGAUCCGCCACCGGAGAACAUCAGUCGCUAUCCAGUACCGUACAAGAAAGACCUACCUUAUGAUAUCGUAGAGCUCAUGGAGGAAAUGGAGUCAAAGGGAGGCUUUUUGCCCAAUGUCUUCAAAGCCCUUUCUCAUAGACCAGCCGAGUUCAGAGCCUUCUUUGCUUACUACAGUGAACUGAUGAACAAAGAGACAGGCGGAUUGACCAAGGCAGAUCGUGAGCUGAUUGUAGUAGCUACCAGUAUCCACAACAAAUGUCUUUACUGUGUGGUAUCCCACAGUGCACUGCACCGCAUCUACUCUAAGAAACCUACGCUUUGUGAUCAGGUCGUUGUUAACUACCAGAAUGCAGAGCUGUCACCCCGGGAGAGUGCCAUGCUGGACUUUGCGAUGGCUGUGUGUCGCAGCGACACCGUUACAGAGCAGCAUUUCCAGUCUUUGGAGGAAGUGGGCUUUGACCGCGAGGAUGCGUGGGACAUCGCUGCUAUCGCUGCUUUCUUCGCCAUGUCCAACCGGCUCGCCCACCUCACCGACAUGAGGCCGAAUGUAGAAUUUUAUAACCUGGGCCGUAUACCAAAGGACAAGAGCAAGGACAAAGUGAAAGGGAAGUAGCAUUACAGACAAGAUCAUUGACAUUUUAGUAUAUGCCUCAAAUCAAUCAAAAGUCUCCUAAGUGUUUUUUGCCGGUCCUCCACUUUGAGCAUAGCAUGUCAAAUUAAGGAUUUUGCAAAGCUCCCCUCAGUAGAUGUGCUGUAGAUGUCAAUGGUGCUCAUUUAAGAAGCACGAGAGAGACCAUUUGACUUUGACGAAUACCUUCCAGUGAGUGUGUUAUUGUCACAGACAUGGUUUUGGUUGGUGUCUUAAUCUAAAGAAUUUUUGAUUGUGUGACUUUGACAUCUUCAAUUUUAGGCGGCUCUGGUUGCCAUCCAUAUAUUGGGAAGCAUUUAUUUUUUUGUUGCUGGGUGUCCAUUAGAUAUAACUUACUGAAAUAGUUGUCUUCCAACUUCCACUUUUCUGAAACCUAAUAACCCGAAACUCAGAAUCUCAAGCCAGCUCUUUAAUUCCUUGUUCUGUGCUGCUCAAUACAUUGUUACAGUGUCUAACAGGAAUAGUGUAAAUAAGUUACUGACAUUGUUCACAAAAAAAGCCUUUCCUUUAUCUGUUAAAUAAACUAUUAUUCUUGAUAAUA